AUGAAGUUCCUACAUCUCACCGGUAUUAUUGUGCUGCUAAGUCAAGCAACAUCAAUUUCUGCUGCUCUGCUGGUCCCAAGAUCCGGAUCUCAGUAUUCUGCUAGUUUUGAAAAACCAAUGGAUGAGAUCAGAAAAGAAAUUGCUCGGAUACAAAGAGAAAAUAUUGAACUAAAAUCGCCAAAUAAUUCAAUAAAAUCACUAGCUACAAGAUUAAGAUACCCAUUCCUAAUUCCUAUUUCAGUUGGUUAUGAAUUUAAUCAGAAGGGACAUGGAAAUUAUGUCACCAAUGAUGGUAACAGAAAUCUAAAUUACUGGGUUGUUGUUGACAGCGAUGGCAAGGAGGUCUGUUCGUCCAAUGUUAAUUGA